UUGGCCGUCUCGAUGGUUGGUACAAAUAGCCUGUAUACUUGCCUCGACAUGAUCGACAAGAUGGUGAGCGUCAAUGAAGGCUAUAUUGCCAAGGCGAUUCUAGCUUUGCUAGAGACCGAGAAGUGCGUCGUUGAGGGAGCGGGAGCGGUAACUUUGGCUGCUAUUAUGGAAGGCAAAUUGCCCGAGUUGCAAGGAAAACGGUGA